AUGAAGCUCUUGAAAGUGUCCACUCUUCUCCUCAUCGUUCUUGUUGCCUGUCUUAUUAGUGAGAUUUACUCGGUGUCGGUUAAAUCGUCGUGGCAUCAACACCAUGGAGAAGAGGAAGAAGAAGAGGGAGACGAAGGUUACGAUGAUGACUGCCGAUUAAUUAGAAAGCUCGGCCAUCGCCGAUUGGAUUUCGCGGCUUAG